CACCCGGCAGCCAAAUCGAUGAUCGAAAUUGCUAGAACUCAAGAUGAGGAAGUCGGUGAUGGCACAACUUCUGUCAUAAUACUUGGUGGAGAAAUGCUCGCUGUCGCCGCGCCUUGUUUGGAAAAGCAAAUUCAUCCUACCAAAAUAAUAUCUGCUUUCCGUAAGGGCUUGGAUGACAUGCUAACGAAGAGAUGUUCAAAAUCAUUAAAAGCUGCUAUUAUGAAAAGCGUUCUAUGUUCAAAAUGUCUAGGACUGUUGCCGUUGAAGUUGAUGGACACAAAGAAAUCGAUAUCAAGCAUUCCAGGAGGGUCCAUCGAAGAUUCCGUUGUUAUGGAUGGUGUCAUGUUUAACAAAGAUGUCGUACAUCCAAGAAUGUCAAGACGAAUUGAAAAUCCUCGCAUUUUAUUGCUUGAUUGCAACUUAGAAUAUAAGAAAGGCGAGAGUCAAACCUCUAUCGAAAUAACUUCCGACAAAGAUUUCACGAAAGCCUUAGAGAUUGAGGAAAAUUACAUCAAGGAAAUAUGUGACAAUAUCAUCAAACACAGCCCUAACGUCGUUAUAACUGAGAAAGGCGUUAGUGACUUGGCCCAACAUUUCCUUUCGAAAGCUGGGAUCUCAGUGAUAAGACGCUUGCGCAAAACGGAUAACUUCCGCAUCGCAAGAGCCACUGGUGCCACGAUCGUCAGCCGACCCGAAGAAAUUAAGGAAGAAGACAUUGGUCUAGGAGCCGGUCUGUUCGAAGUAAAAACAAUCGGUGAUGAAUAUUUCACAUUUAUCACUAAGUGCAAAGUAGCUUGCACAAUUUUAUUGAGGGGAGCCAGCAAAGAUGUGCUUAACGAGGUCGAGCGCAACCUUCAAGAUGCUAUGAAUGUCGCACGCAAUGUCAUGCUGGAGCAGCGACUUGUUCCAGGCGGAGGCGCUAUCGAAAUGGCUUUGGGUCGUGUUCUAACCGAAAAGGCUAAAUCCGCCGUAUCUGGAGUACAACAAAUUGCUUACCUAGCCAUGGCACAAGCACUUGAAGUGAUUCCGAGGACUUUAGCUCAGAAUUGUGGCGCUAACGUAUUACGACUUAUAACGGAACUUCGUGCAAGACAUGCCGUUGAUCCCACGAAGUACUGGACUCUUGGCGUUGAUGGAACCACCGGGAAACUUGUGGAUAUGAAACAGUUGGAUAUAUGGGAUCCCCUGGUUGUCAAGGCUCAAACAUUUAAAACCGCGGUUGAGACGGCAAUUCUUUUACUUCGUAUCGACGACGUCGUAUCUGGUGUCAAGAAGCAAUCAGGAGAAGCUGAGAAGCUUGCCGCAUGA